AUGCCAGAUCCUGAGAAGCCCAUGUUGACCAAAAAGUCUGCCAUUAAUUUGGAAGAACCAACAGCCCGCCGUUCGAUUUCGCACGAAAAGCAGAAGCAAGAAGAGCAAAUAGUUGACUCCAUAGGCAACAAUGAUCCGGCAGUUUCUACCCAGACCAGCCUGUCGGAGGUUUUGGAGCAGCCAGGACUCGUCCAUGUCAACACCGGAGCCACAGUUCAUCCUCCUCCUGUAAUAGUACCAUUAAAAGAACGGCGUGGGCUCUUGGCCAAACUUGCACUGAUACCUGAAGUUGAGGAGCCGACACACUAUACUCGAAAGACCAAAUGGUUCAUAACGUUCAUUAUCGGUGUUGCUGCAAUGGCGGCACCAAUGGGAAGUGCUAUAUUCUUUCCUGCACUGGGUCAAGUUGCCCGUACUUUCAAUGCUAGUCCCACAAUCACCAAUUUAUCAGUUGCUUUAUACAUGUUGAGCUUGUCGAUAUUCCCCCUUUGGUGGUCUUCCUUUAGCGAAAGGCUCGGGCGCCGAACAAUAUAUAUAGUUUCUUUUGCGCUAUUCAUUUUAUGGAGCAUCCUCUCCGCUAUCGCCAGCUCCAUCAGCAUGCUCAUCGUCAUGCGAAUGCUAGGUGGUGGCGCCUCUGCUUCUGUGCAAGCAGUAGGUGCAGGGACGAUCGCAGAUAUAUGGGAAGUGAAAGAAAGAGGCCGCGCUAUGGGUAUUUUUUACCUUGGCCCGUUAUGUGGGCCACUUCUUGCUCCGAUCAUCGGUGGGUUCUUAUCUCAGGUCUGGGAUUGGCGAAGUACGCAAUGGUUCCUCGCGAUCUAUGGUGGAGUAGCUCUAAUUCUCCUGAUAUUUGGCCUUCCGGAAACUCUUGUCCAAAAUAAGGUGCCUGUGACCGAAGAGUUACAAGAGCCUAUCCAGCACUCACUGAGUCGGGUUUCCUCCCGCCAGGUAGUCGAAAAAACUGCCAAGUGGUUAAAGGUAUCCAAGAUGGUUCUAAUCGAUCCCCUAAAGGUGAUCCUGUACCUGAGGUUUCCUGCGGUACUCGUGACUGUGUAUUAUGCCAGUAUCGCCUUUGGAGCGCUGUAUGUGUUGAAUAUCAGUGUGCAGGAUACAUUUAGCAAACCUCCCUACGAGUUCUCAAUGCUCAUAGUUGGCCUACUUUACAUACCUAAUUCCCUGGGGUAUAUUCUUGCGAGCAUUAUCGGCGGCCGGUGGAUGGACAGCAUUAUGCACAGAGAGGCAAAGCGGGCAAAUAGGGUGGACGAACGCGGGAAAUGGGUGUACCAUCCAGAAGACCGAAUGCGUGAAAACGCUUGGCUAGGGUCAAUAAUGUAUCCGUUGGCUUUAAUCGUAUAUGGCUGGACAGCUGACAAGGGGGUACAUUGGAUCGUUCCUAUGAUAUGCAACUUCUUUUUUGGCAUUGGUUCCAUGAUCAUCUUCAGCAUGGUCACCACGAUGCUCACCGAAUUUAUGCCCGGUCGAUCGUCCUCUGGGGUUGCGCUGAACAACUUCACUCGAAAUCUCACUUCUUGUGUUGGAGGAGUAAUAGCAGCUCCGGUCAUACAUGCCAUUGGAAAUGGAUGGCUGUUCACGAUCAUUGGUGUGGUGGCAUUAGCUAGCUGUUCUGUGAUUUGGGCGAUGCGCAAGUUCGGGCCUCAGUGGCGGGUAUCCAUGAGCUCGAAGCUUGGGUGA